UCAUUGUCUUCUCAACGAAUCAAUUACUACAACAUGCGUGUCUUAGCUAUCCUGGCUUUGUGCCUAGCGGCAGUAGCAGCCGUCCCAUCGAGCUCCCAAAGGAUUGUGGGAGGGUCGGUGACUACCAUUGGCCAGUACCCCACCAUUGCUGCUCUGCUGUACUCAUGGAACUGGAUUAGCUACUGGCAGGCAUGCGGUGGUAGCAUCUUGAACAACCGAUCCAUCCUUACUGCUGCUCACUGCACAGUCGGUGACGCCGCAGGCAGAUGGCGCAUCCGCCUUGGCUCCACCUGGGCCAACAGUGGUGGUGUCGUUCACAACGUCAACCAGAACAUCGUUCACCCUCAAUAUAAUCAAGGAGCCAUUUACAACAACGACAUUGCUAUCCUGCGUUCCGCCACCACCUUCUCCUUCAACAACAACGUCCAGGCUGCCUCCAUCGCUGGUGUCAACUAUUUCCCCGCUGACAACCAAGCUGUUUGGGCCGCUGGAUGGGGUGACCUUUUCUAUGGAGCAAACGCUGGCUCCGAGCAGCUCCGUCACGUCCAGGUUGUAGUCAUCAACCAGAACCAUUGCAGAAACCAGUACGCCAACACUAUCUACACAAUCACCGACAACAUGUUGUGCUCCGGCUGGCCCAACGGUGGUCGCGACCAGUGCCAGGGUGACUCUGGUGGUCCUCUCUACCACAACGGCAUCGUUGUUGGUGUCUGCUCUUUCGGUAUUGGCUGUGCUGAUGCCAAAUACUCUGGUGUGAACGCUCGUGUAUCUGCCUACACUUCCUGGAUUUCUGCCAACGCAUAAAACAAUUUUUCUACAAUUUCUAUAAAAUGUAUUCAUUAAAGGUAAAUAAAACUUGUUAAAAUGAU